UAGCUGCGGCCGUUGGGUCGGUGGUGUUACGUUAACUAGCUGGUUAAUCAGUAAACGUGGUGCUGAGCGAUGAUGAGGAUAAAAGCUGGAGUGAAUCCGUGCUGCACGUCUCCUCUCGGACACGACACUGGAGGUGAUAAAAUGUGGGGAAAGAUCCAGUACUGUUUGACCUUUUCCCUCCUGUUGAUGGUGGCCUUGGCUGACCACCACGAGGGCCACGAUCAUGGAGAACAUUCAGCAGAUCACCAUCACCAUCUCCACCAUGGCAAGGACGAACCUCACCCCAGUCACAGUGGAAAAGAUGAAUUAUGCCACACGCUCUCACCUCACAACGCUGACUUCGCCUUCUCCCUGUACAAUAAACUCUCCAACAACGCUGACGCCAAAGGCAAGAACAUCUUUUUCUCUCCACUGAGCAUCUCCAUGGCUCUGUCCAUGCUGGCUCUGGGAGCCAAAGGAGAGACCCACUCACAGAUCUUCAGCACUCUGGGCUACAGCUCCCUCACAGAGGAUCAGGUCAAUGAAGCCUAUGAGCACCUGCUGCACAUGCUGGACCACAGCCAGGAGGCCAUGCUGCUGGAGACCGGAGGUGGUCUGGCUGUCCGAGAAGGUUUCAAACCUGUCGACAAAUUCCUGAAGGAUCUUCAGCACUUCUACCAUGCAGAGGCCUUCACUGUGGACUUUUCCAAAUCUGACGUUGCUGUCCAAGAGAUCAACAAGUUCAUCGCUAAGAAGACCAAGGACACCAUCACUGACAUGGUCAAGAGCCUGGACCCAGAUACCAUCAUGGUGCUCAUCAACUACAUCUAUUUCAGAGGUAAAUGGGAGAAGCCCUUUGAGGUAGAACACACUCACAAAGCUGACUUCCACGUGGAUGAGAACACCAAGGUGACUGUGGACAUGAUGAAGAGAACCGGACGCUAUGACAUGUACCACGAUGUGAGUAACUUCACCUCUGUCAUCAUGGUGCCCUACAAAGGCAACACCUCCAUGAUGAUCAUUCUGCCUGAUGAGGGAAAAAUGGAGGAGGUGGAGAAACACCUCAGCAAGGAAGCUCUCUCAUAUUGGCAUGACAAACUGUUCAGAAGCUCUGUGGAUCUAUACUUGCCCAAGUUCUCCAUCUCUGCCUCCUUCUCUCUUGGAGACACUCUGAAGGAACUGGGUAUUGUGGAUGCUUUCUCCGACAAUGCAGACUUCUCAGGGAUGAGUGAGGAGACCAAACUGAAGGCUUCCAAGGUUCUCCACCAGGCAGUCCUCAAGGUGGAUGAGAAAGGAACUGAAGCGGCUGCUGCCACCACCAUCGAGAUCAUGCCCAUGUCUCUACCAGACACGAUGAUCCUCAACAGACCUUUCCUGGUCUUUAUCGUGGAGGACAGCACCAAGAGCAUCCUCUUCAUGGGCAAGAUCAGCAACCCUACUGAGCAGUAAUGGUCUGAUCUCAUCCUAGAAAAUGUUGAUUGAAGAGCGGGUGUUUAGCAGCUAGUUCUUUCUGUCCGGGGCUGGAUUUACAGAAAUGCAGCACAGCUCCUCUCAGGUGUAGCGUAAACACUGUCUCUCUCUAUCAACUGGAUGAAGAGACAAUGAUGAAAAAGAGGUUUUUAUUUAAACCUGUUUGUUUCGUUUUUCUGGAUGUUUCUGAUUAACACAGAAUACAGAUUUAAUAACUGUUUAAUAAACAUGUUCAAAUUACAGACA